CUUUGCUUUUUCAUGUAUGAGAGAGUCUCCUUUAUUAGAGAUAAGAGGCUAUGUUUGUAGCACAAACACUCUCUUUCAAUCCUUUGUUGCAACAAAUUAAAAUGCAAUGUUCAAAAGAAACCAUUGUUCGUUUGUUCUACAAUGCCUCCAGUUCUUUUCAGCUUCUUUUCCUCUUCUUCUACCUCACCUCCAUUUUUCUUUCUAAGUUACUCUUCUUCAUUUCUGCCAUCCCAUUCCUCCCAAGAAACGAAGAAGAAUACGAAUAUGGGACGUUUUCGGAGGAAGGAUCGGUAGAGGAGGAGGUAAGCGACACGUAUAACUACGAUGAGAGUCCGGAAAAAGAUCAUCUAGUUGCGGAUAUAAUCGGAGACGGUGAAGACCUUUUUUUCCUGCACACUAGUGCAACAAGUUCGGGUCAAAACAGUGUCGUUUUAAGUUCGGGUCAAAACAGUGUCGUUUUCGAUGAAGAGACCGUGGACGACAUUUUGGAGGCUGCCGUGGUGGAAGAGAAGGAGGACGAGGAAGCGUCGACAAGAAGCGUAGGAAGUAGUGAUGAUUUGUCUUUCUACAGCGUACCCGAAGCCGAACCCGAAGAAGAGAAUCAAGAAAACCGCCGCAAGGAGGAAGAAAAGACGGUACCGGUGGCCGGGGACGGUGGUUCAAGAUCAUUUAGAUAUGAAGUGAAUACACGCGCCGUCACAACGCGUGCAACAUCUGCUUGUACUUCAUUUAGAUACGCUGGAGACGAACCGUCAUUACGUGUCAUCAAGAAAAUUGCUUUUGUGCUUGAUGACGACAAAAUUGAAGGAAAAUAUCGUGAAAGUGGAAAGAAGUUAGAAUCAAAUAUAUCACAAGUAGACAAGUUUAUGAAUAACUUGGAGACGAAGAAACUUGAGCUAGAAGAAAAGAAUAAAGAAGAAAUAUUUGGUGAUACGUUGACGGUGGGGUCAACCUCAAAGAGUUCAUCGGAAUGGCGGAGCUCCAUUAACUGUCAGGAUCCGGGUUACGACCCGUUUUCUUCUUCGUCAAGAAGAAGCUGCCCAAAAUGGGAGUCUUAUACAGUGUUUCAAAAAUAUGAUGAAGAAAUGUUGUUUUUGGAUAGACUUAGUGCACAAAAGCUUCAAGAAACAGAGUCGUUUAGGUCAUCAAUGACAUGCCCUUCAUCAAUAUCCGAAAGAAUCGUUCACAAACUAUCUUCCAAAAACAAGAAAACAUCAUAUGUUUAUCAAAAUUCGUAUCACGAAUUAGAAGCGGCAUAUGUAGCACAAAUUUGCUUGACGUGGGAAGCACUUAACUGGAACUAUAAUUUCUUCCAUCAGUUAAGUGCUUCUCGUCGAGGUAAUGACCCCGGAUGUCCCGCCUACAUUGCUCAACAAUUUCAACAAUUUCAAGUGCUCUUACAACGAUACAUUGAGACCGAGCCAUAUGAGAAUGGCAGGAGACCGGUAGUUUAUGCUAGAAAGAGAAGUUUGGCUCCAAAGUUGCUUCAAGUCCCAGAAUACCGAGAUUCUGAGGAGGAGAAGAAAGACGAAUAUUUGGGAUCAAGAAUAUCAUCUUUAUCAUUCCUUAUAAUCAUGGAAGAAGCAAUCAAGACAUUCAUGAAUUUUCUUAGGGCUGACAAAGAGAACCAGUUCCAGAUACUUGCAAAAAUAUUUAGAAUCAAGAACCCGAGAAUUUCGGUCGACCCGAUCCUUCUCCUCAUGCUCAAAAAGGUCAACCAUAAGAAGAAGUUAAAGUUAAAAGAUCUACAACGAUCGCGCAAGUGUUUUCGCAAAAGGCGAUCGAAGCUAGACAAUGAAAUGGAGUUAUUGAUGGCACAAAUAGACUUAAAAGUGGUGUCAAGAGUUCUGAGAACUACUGAUCUAACUGAUGAACAAUUGCAUUGGUGUGAAGACAAGAUGACCCGAGUGAAAAUCAGUGAUGGCAAACUACAAAGAGAUUCUUCACCACUUUUCUUUCCAGCACAUUAACAUGCAUGCAUGGCCCACCCUCUUGUUGCUUAUUGCUUUCAUGACUAGAUUCUGAAUGUGCACAUCACCAUCCAUCAUCCCUCUUUGCAUGAAACAUAAAGAUUAUAAGGGAAUAUCCCUUUUUCAACCGUUUUGUAAAUAGAUUUGGUGAAGGAAAAGAGAAAAGUUGGCUAUGCAUGCAUGUGUCAGAAAGCCACAUGCAAUGAUGGAUGGAUCAUGGAUGGAUGAAUGGAUAUUUGAAGAUGGAUGAUAUGAUGGGGCUAGCAAGAUUUUGGAUUAAUCAACUCUUUAAUCAUGUUUAAUGUAUUAGCUUAGUGUCAUGACUUAAUAAGCCAAUCAAAACUCUAGGUUUUGUUUGUUAUUCAAUGACAACAAUGGACAUGAUGAGAAAAUAAUACUUGAAUAAAAUGUUUUUUUUUUCUAUCA